AUGUUGGCAUUGAGAACAUUAAACCAGCGCAGGUUGAUGGUUUACUUUUUUUAUUUGCUUAUCAUAUGCAUCAUUUUUUAUAUUUUCAUAUGUUUGGGAUCAUAUUAUGUGUACUCAAGAGACAAAAUAUUCCCUGCUGUGCCAGUAACAACAGACUUAAACAAAGAGAUCAGGAAUAGAGAAUCAGCUGCAGACAAUGAGACACAGGAGACACAGAAUGAAGAUGACAAACAGGCAGACGAAACAUAUCAGGGUCGAGUGAACAUGCAUGUUUUUGAAGAUUGUUGUGGUGGAUCUCUUGAUCAACUAAGGAACAAUCUUCUUUAUCCUUUGUUCCCCAAUGUGCGAACUACAGUGAGCAGACUUGCUGUGUCACCUCAAGGAAACAGUUAUGGGUUGAGAAUCUUUGGCUUCCUUUAUCCUGCAGAAACCAAUGAAUAUAUUUUUGCUGUUGCCUCUGAUGAUAACUCAGAGUUCUGGCUCAGUUUAAACAAAAGUCCAAAAAACCUUCAACUCCUUGCUUAUGUUGGUGAGACAGGAAAUGAAUGGACUGCUCCUGGCGAGUAUUGGAAAUUUGCAACCCAAAUAUCCAAACCUGUUUUGUUAGUGAAAGACAGGAAAUAUUUUUUUGAAGUUCUUUUAAAACAGAAUACAGGAAUGGAUCAUCUGGAAAUAGCGUGGAGUUUAAACCAAGACAAUGGCACUUUUUCUGUGAUAACCUCAGAGUUUUUAUCAUUCUAUAAAGAUGAAUCUUCUCUACUAAUGGGAGAUAUUGAGCACAUACCUCAAACGAAAGCAAGUUAUGAUAGGCUGCUUGAGCCAAAUCCCUUGUCACUUCAUCAAAGAGAGAUAAUCAGAGAAGACCCAAGAGAUCACAUUUACAAAUACAAAAUGCUAGAGGAAUCAUUCCUGAAGGACCUGUUUCCUGAAUGUGAUUACAAACCAAGCUAUGUAUUCAAAGAACACAUUGGUAGAUAUCAAGGUGUAUAUUUAGUUCAGUUUUCUUCAGUGUAUCCAAAUGACUACACAAGGCAAACUUACGAUCAAAAUGAUGGAAUGUGCUUCUACAGACAAGAUCCAUCAUUUCUGGCAGAUAAAGGACUUGAGGGUUAUCUGACUGAGGUUGAAGACCCUGAUGUACAAUAUGCAUAUAAAGGCGAAGGUCCUUUCUGGCACCGUGUCUAUGAUGUGAAUCCCCUCAAUGGUGCUUCCAAGCAAACUACUGUAGUGGCAAAUUACUGCAGGACUGCUGGAAACAUUGUGAUGUCCAAAAGCCAAGCACUGCCUAUUGUCACAGCCGUUCUUAAAGCAUUGCAUUCAAGAGAAGACACAAGAGGCUACUCCCUGUUGCGUGUGGUGAAUGUUGUGAAGCGUGAAGACAAGGACUUAGGCAGCCGUUAUCUGGUGGAACUGGAACUUGUGGGCCCACAGGGUCAAACUGUUCUUGUUUCGAAAUACAUUUAUGCACAAGGUGAAAAUUCGUCAAAACCAGCACUUCUCUGCAGUCCAAAAGCUUUCAACUGGAAUCCAUCUGCUACUGUUCACAUAAUUGUUGCAGUGAAAGACCAAGCCAGAUGGAUCAUACAGUUUAUUCGGGAAAUGGAAAAAAUAUACAAGGCAACUGGGGACAAAAACUUUAAUGUAAUAAUUGUAGAUUACAACAGCUCUGACAUAAAUAUUGAGAAAAGACUCAAAACGGCAAAAUUACCCAGUUACAAAUUGAAGAAGAUGGGGGGUAAUUUUGAGAGAUCAGGUGGACUUCAGGCUGGAAUAGACCUUGUUGAAGAUGAGCACAGUAUUUUGUUUCUGUGUGACCUGCAUCUCUACUAUCCAGUGACAAUAUUAAACAGUAUACGAAAACACUGUGUUGAGGGAAAGAUGGUUUAUGCCCCUGUUGUGAUGAGAUUGGAUUGUGGUGCUUCUCCAAGAACCCCAAAUGGUUUUUGGGAAAUUGCUGGUUAUGGACUGAUGGGAAUCUACAAGUCCGACAUGGACCGUAUUGGUGGCAUGAACACCAUAGAAUUCAAGGACAAAUGGGGAGGUGAAGACUGGGAGUUACUAGACAGAGUCUUAGGGAAUGGGUUAGAGGUGGAACGACUCCAUCUGAAAAACUUUUUUCAUCAUUUCCACUCUAAACGUGGAAUGUGGGUAAACAACAAUUCAGGAAAAAAAAGGAAAAAAUGAUUGGAUGUUUCUGUUUCCUCCCCUAUUUCCUCUCAACCUACAAACCUUUAACAACUGUGUAAACUUUGCAUUCCACAAAAGAUACAAAUUUUCGCACUUUGGAAAACUAUUUGGAAACCACAAAAAAAGUUGCCCUAUUCAGAUGUUAGUUGAUUCUUUUGGGGACAUCUCUAAAAUAAAAAUCUCUAUAGCUCCUUAGUGAUUAAACAUACUUUUGGAUGAAGAUAAAAUUGCAGUGAAUGACUGAAUGAUUAUUUACACACUCGAGUCAGGUGAUAAUAUUUAUACCUCGGAUCCUCAAAUCUGAGUUUAGCAUUAUUUCUGAUCAAAAUCACACACAGGGCAUUGGCGUCAGCACAGGCAAGACUGUUGUAGUAUCAACAGCCAGUUAAAGAGGACCAAAAAACAAAAAACAACUAGUCAGUGAUGAACAGUCUGUACUACAGUAAUUUGUAUCUUAAUUUCAACAUACUUUUUGUUGGUCAGUUAUCUACAAAAUAAACAAGAUUUGAGGUGAAGUUGAAGUUCAAAACAAGGUCCGCUUAUAUGCUUCAGUGAAACUACAGUGAAAUAUUCACAGAGUAGCCUAUAUUAGGACAAAUAUACAAUUUCUGUUAUUGUGCCCGUCAGUCUCACUUUUAUAAAUUUAAUCAACUUUUGACCACAAUGAGCCAGGCUUUACAAACUAUUCGCAACACUGAAAGUAUUCCCCUCGGAAGAAUAAACUCGGUUGGAAGGAUGAGAGAACAGAAACUAAUUGUGAGAAUAAUUUUACAGAGUGGUGCUUCUGCACAACCGGCGCAUGAAUGAAUUGCUUGAAGGCUGAUUUAUAUUUUCGCCUGUAGAUUUUUAUAACCAUUCAAGAUUUUUUUAAAUCAAACGUUGAUGCAUCACUUGCUUUUGUUCAUAUCUCAGACAGUACUACCUAUUAUAAUUUAUUAAAACAUUAAUGACAACAAAACAUGGGUUGCUCUACAAAUAAAAACUUUUUUAUUUUUUUAUUUAGCCCACUACACACAUUACUGGCUGGCUAUAGUUUAUGUCCUCUACUGAUAUGCUAAAAAGCCAAUAAUGGUCCAACAUUGCUGACCAUUAUCCCCAAUAAAGCCUACAAAAAUAGGGCAUCAGUAUAUUGUAAAUCGAUAGGUUCAAAUAUUCUUUUCCAGUUAUCAAAGAAAUAAUUUGUUAUUUCAUUUUAGUUUUGUAACUAUUAAACAGUUUUAUAUUCAAAAUUUUAAUAUAUACAUAAGUGUAAAACCUAUGAAUGCUGGAAAAACAUAUUCAGUAAUUGCAGAGAUGUAUAGUAACGAAGUAGAACUACUUCACUACUGUACUUAAGUACUAAAAGGCAGUAUCUGUACUUUACUGGAGUAUUGUUUUUUUCUCCUACUUCCACUUUUACUUAAGUACAUAUUUUCGAUGAGUUUAAUACUUUUACUCCGAUAGAUUUUUUAUGAGCUGCAUCGUUACUCGUUACUAGAGGUGUCAAAAUGGUCGAUAUCGGUUCAGUAAUAAAUAAUAACGGGUUAUUACGUACUGACGUCAUUUAUCUCCUAUGUGCGGUGUCGCAAUACUAUGGUGAAGGACGGAGGCGCGAGGGCGAGUGAAGGCGGCACAGCACACGAGCCGCUAUUUCACUACUACAGAGAAAUGUUGUGAGACUCCAUCUCUGCCUCUCUCACUUUGGACAUUUGACCCGCUGGUUUGUGAGGUAACUUUUCAUCUCCUCUUGGCUGUAAAAGCGAUACUUGUGGAUCCAGACCUGGGCGUGUAUGAGGUGCAAGUUUUCUCCACUGUGUCUAUUAUAGAUUACCUGUGAUAACCACGUAUUAUACAUACAUAGACUGUAACCGCGGCUGUUCUUCCCGCCAUCAGUGAACAACCCUUUCAUUUCUAAAGUCGAUAGCAGCCCUUUCUGUUGAGAAGGUGAAGACAAUAACCAAUCAAAGGGGUGUAAGACCUCGCCUGUCAGCGUUUAAAAAGCAGGCGGGAGAAUAUUUACAUUAGUUUAUUUGCUAUAAAUGCUCAUGCUGUCUUCUGUGCAUGAGUUUUGUUUGAUACAUUCAGAAAGAGUGUUUUCUUUGAGCGGGUCAAAUUAAGGGUACAGUUCAUAUAUAUUACUGCUGUAUUAAAGGACACAAUUUUAUUACAAGUAACCAUUUAACUGUCACACCAAGAAAAAAACCAAUAGAAUUUUUUUAUUUAUUGCAUUUCUUAACUCCUAAUGUCGCUAGUUAACACAAUCAAUACAUUUUCCCCCAACACAUCCCAUAAUUUCUAUUCCAAAUGGUUGAGAUGUUGGUUUAUGGUAAAAGUACCAGAAUGAAUAAAUAUACUAUAAAAAUAUGAAAAAUAUGAAGUUUAAGACCAAUUUAAUUAAAACAUAAUCAAAAUGAAACAUUUUUGAAUACUAAAUCAUAGCCAUAAGCCAUAAAAUAUUUCAGAUUUUCAUUUAACACAGUAAUAUACACGUUUUCUUUUUUUUUACAAUAAAAUCAAAAUCAAGUGAAUUAGAACGUUCGUUUACAGCGUUUACAACCAGUAACUUGUGCUCCGAAAAUGGGUUUCAAUAGCGUUUUGAGUGGAUUAUGGACUGUUUUUGUGACACACAACUUUGAAAGGUGUGUGUUAAAGCUGUUAUAAUCUGUCAGAUCUGUGGUUCAAGCGUGAGAGAAAAACAGUAUUGUAAGUCAUGUUUCUUUUCGUUCUGCUUAAUGACGUGCCCCCAAAAAAGAGAUUUAAAAUAAACAAAACAAUAUGAUGUCUUUUGACUGCAUUCUUUAAUAACUACAUUACACAAUACUUGUACUUUUACUUUCAGUACUUUAGUAAAUUUUGAAAUAAACUACUUGCAAUACUUAAGUACAAAAAAUGUUUAAUACUUUAGUACUUCCACUUAAGUAUGGUGCUUAAAGAGCACUUCUACUCAAGUCACUUUUUGAUAGAGUACUUGUACUUUUACUUAAGUCUGGGUCUCUAGUACUUUAUACAUCUCUGAGUAAUUGUAUUACAACCACAUGGGUCUCCACUUUGGGUUUUACAAACUUAUGCCUCAAGUUUUUCUAAAUUUUUAACAAAAAAUGUCUUGCAAUUUCAAGCCAAGAAUUAUUGGCUAACCCUAUCUGGUUAACCCUAUGAUCACGCAUGGACGGAUCAUAAAGAUGUCUGUAUGGCGUACCUGUUUCAGGCAAAAGUGAACCUCAACAAACUCCGCAACGUCACAGUCACCGCGCGCACUCAAGUGUACUAGCAAUCACAUCGAGUAUAAAUCAGUCUUAACGCAUCACUAUGAGAACACAGAACACAGCCCUGUAUCUGUGGACACUUCCAAAACUUAGCACCACAAAGGAAAGAAAUCAGUGCGUUGAGAGUCUGUCCAGUGUAUUAUUGAGCCUUUUCUAUUUAAAAUUUCAGGUAGGCCUACUUUCUGUGUGAAGAGCAGGUAAUAACCCUCUCUACUGCGAUCCGCUGAUUGAACAUACACAGUGCAAAAUUAUUUAGAAACAGCACUGAACCUUUUUGCAGGUCAAAAUUAACCCAUUUAAUGCAAAACUACGCAACACGCAGUUUGAAUUAAUAAAUGGAGAAUGAUUGACAGGCGCAGCGGAGGUAAGCACUAAACAACUUUCUAGUGCCUUAUAAUAGGCUACCUUCAUGGCUUUUGUUGGCUUAUAUUUCACAGAAUAUAGCACAAGAUCGGAUUUGGAUCGGUACCAGUAGGCCAAUAUCUGAUGCAGCAAAAAUAUGCGGUAUUGAACCGAUAUUCUGUCCAAGUAUCGCGAUCGGUGCAUCCCUAAUGCUUAUUCACACUAGAAUUAUGCUAAUAACAUUCUAAUUCAUACUAGAAAGAUGCUAGCAAACAUGCUAAUCCAUACUAGAAUCAUGCUAACAACAUGCUAAUUCACACUAGAAUUAUGCUAACAACAUGCUAAUUCACACUAGAAUUAUUCUAGCAACAUGCCAAUUCAUAUUAGAAACAUGCUAGUAACAUGUUAAUUCACACUAGAAUCAUGUUUACAACAUGUUAAUUCAUGCUAGAAUCAAGCUAACAACAUGUUAAUUCAUACAAGAAUCAUGCUAUCUAUCUAUCUAUCUAUCUAUCUAUCUAUCUAUCUAUCUAUCUAUCUAUCUAUCUAUCUAUCUAUCUAUAUCAUACUUUUUGAAACUAUUUCGUAUUAAUUAAACAAUUUCAACAGGCUUUCUCAAGCCACCAUAAAGUUGGCCUUCAAAAAUCUUCAACAAGAUCAUUGAUGAUCAUUUUAAGAUCUUUUUUUUUAUUUAACAUUUACAUGAUGUAUUUGUGUAUUUAAAAUAGCAAUUGUGUAAUAAAUAUUUUGUUAUAUGUAUUUAGAUGUUGUCUGUUGUCUGCUUUAUAAUUUGUAAUUGUACAUAAUACAUCUGGUUUUAACUAAUAUGUAUAUGUAAAAUAAAUUGGGAACAUUUAUAAAAAAAAAUUUCAACUGUUUAUUCAGCUGUGGCCACCCCUGAUAAAUCAGGGGAAAAACCCAAGGAUUGUGAGUGAGUGAGUGAGUGAGUGAGUGAGUGAGUGAGUGAGUGAGUGAGUAUUAAUCAUUUUCCAGUUGGAAAACAACAAUUCAGGAUAAAAUAAUUAAAAAAAAAGUUACCUCUCCUAUUUGUUAUAUGUUAAGCAUCAACUCAACCUUGCAGUAACCUGCACAAUAAAACUAAGUUCUUUAUUCAAUGAUUU